AAACUCACUUCCUGGUGCCCUCAUUCUACUGUCUGGCUGUUUGCCAAGAAAAAUUUGUUCAUUACCUUUCUUUAGUGAUAUCUCAUGGGCCUCAACCAGCAGACUAACAGCAGUUAAGCUGUGGCUGUGGCUGUGGUGCGGAAGGAAGCAGAAGUUGGCAGCUGUGUAAGGUUCCCUAUAGAUAGAGCCUUCACCUCCUCACAUUGGACUGCUUACGGAAACUAUAGUAAGACCCUUCACCUCCUCACAUUGGACUGCUUACGGACACGAUAGUAAGACCCUUCACCUCCUCACAUUGGAUUGCUUACGGCCACUAUAGUAAGACCCUUCACCUCCUCACAUUUGACUCUUGUCAUGGCCAGCUACCCCACACACGAAUGAAGAGCCCUGAACUGAAGCGUUCCCAGUCUUUACAAACCGCCCCGAUGCCCCCGGGCAACGCCCUUCAAACCAGCCAGACGGGUUCCUCCCCAGCCAUGCUGUUCUCAGGGCACUUUAAUACAGAGCGAAUGUACAGUGCAGACCUGCUCUGACAGCGCAGACCUUGAGAUCUAGCAAUAAGAAAGCAAAAAUACGUUGAGAGACGAAGGAGGUCUCAGCCUUAGUCCACACAGGGUCUGUGGUUCUCUUGGUACUCAGGGAGAGUUGGGUUUGAAGAUCUUGCCCUGGUAACUGUGGAAGAGAUGCUGAAGCUAUUCCCAAAGAGCGAGAUGGACGAGGGCCUGCGGCAGCUGGCCGAGAGGGUGUACGCCUGCGCCCUGAAGGAGGAGAACAACCGGGACGCCCUGGCCCUGUUCACCGUCCCCGAGGACUGCCCGAUUGGCCUGCAGGAGGAGCGCGAGAGGGAGAUGCAGAAGGGCCUGAAGGAGCAGCGGUCCGAGGAGUCGGCCAGGAGAAUGAAGAGCUUUAAGAUGAAGCGUUCUCAGUCUCUGUUCUUACAAUCGGAGCCGCACCUCCCCGGCCCGGCCACUGGCCAGGCCCCGCCCCCAGAGGACCUCCCAGACUACCAGAGAGUGACCAUCAGUGGGGAUUACUGUGCGGGGAUCACGGUGGAGGACUAUGAGCAGGCCUCCAAAAGCCUGCUGAAAGCUCUCCUGAUCAGGGAGAAGUACUCCAGGCUGGCAUUCCACCGCUUCUCACGGACCACAGCGCACUUCCUCCGUAGCGCAGAGGACCGCACCUGGAGCCAGGAGGACGAAGUCCUGCCAGACGUCAGCCCCUGCCCGGGGCCGGGCCAGGACCCCUACUCCCUGGAGGACCUCCCAGAGGACCUGGGCUACCUGCUGCAGAUGAAGGAUGGCAUCGUGCGUGUGUACAGCAGCCCAGAGGCCCUGGAGCAGCAGCAGCCCCGGGACCUCCCCUACCCCGACCUGGAGACCUUCUCUGUGGACAUGGGCCAGGUCCUCGCCAUGAUCGUGGACGGACCCACAAAGACCUACUGCCACAGAAGGCUGAACUUCUUGGAGUCUAAGUUCCAUCUCCAUGAGAUGCUGAAUGAGAUGGCUGAACUGAAGGAGCUGAAGAAGGUCCCACACAGAGACUUUUACAACGUCAGAAAGGUUGACACACACAUCCACGCAGCUGCCUGCAUGAACCAGAAACAUCUGCUGAAGUUCAUCCAGACAACGUAUAAGACGGAGGCGGAGCGCGUGGUACUGGAGAGGGGCGGGGAGAAGCUGACCCUGGGCCAGGUGUUCCAGAACCUGGCCAUGGACCCCUACGACCUCACCGUGGACUCCCUGGACGUGCACGCCGGAAGACAAACAUUUCACCGCUUUGACAAGUUCAACUCCAAAUACAACCCUGUAGGGGCCAGCGAGCUGAGAGAAAUCUACCUGAAGACAGACAACUAUAUCAAUGGAGAAUACUUUGCACGCCUGAUUAAGGAAGUGGCUCACGGGCUGGAGGAGAGCAAAUACCAGCACGCCGAGCCACGCCUCUCCAUCUACGGACGCUCUCCAGACGAGUGGCGGACCCUGGCCUCCUGGUUCGUCCAGCAGCGCCUCCACUCCCCCAACCUGCAAUGGAUGAUCCAGGUCCCCCGCAUCUAUGAUAUUUUCAGGGCCAAGAAGAUCAUACCAAACUUUGCCAAGAUGUUGGAGAAUAUCUUCCUCCCACUGUUUGAGGCCACAGUCAACCCACAGAAGAACAAGGAAGUGCACUUGUUUUUAAAAUACCUGACGGGGUUCGACAGUGUGGACGACGAGUCCAAACACAGCGACCACAUGUUCUCCUUCAGUAGUCCCAAGCCUGAGAGCUGGACCUCCGAGGAGAACCCCCCCUACAGCUACUACCUCUUCCACAUGUACGCCAACAUCAUGGUGCUCAACAACCUGCGCAAGGAAAGAGGCCUGAACACCUUCCAGUUCCGGCCCCACUGUGGCGAGGCUGGAUCCAUCACCCACCUAGUGUCCGCCUUCCUCACCGCAGACAACAUCUCCCACGGCCUCAACCUAAAGAAGAGUCCAGUGCUCCAGUACCUCUACUACCUCUGCCAGGUGCCCAUCGCUAUGUCCCCUCUGAGCAACAACGGCCUGUUCCUGGAGUACUCCAAGAACCCUCUGCGCGAGUUCCUCCACAAAGGCUUGUGUGUGUCCCUGUCCACUGACGAUCCCUUGCUGUUCCACUACACCAAGGAAGCAUUGAUGGAGGAGUACGCCAUCGCCGCCCAGCUGUGGAAGCUAAGCACUUGUGAUGUGUGUGAGAUAGCAAGGAACAGUGUCCUGCAGAGCGGCCUCUCACACAAGGAGAAACAGCACUUCCUGGGUCCAAAUUACCUGCAGGACGGCCACCAGGGCAACGACAUCCGGCGGACCAACGUGGCCCAGAUCCGGCUGGCGUACCGCUACGAGACGCUGUGCAACGAGCUCAGCUUCCUGGUGGACGCCAUGAAGAUGGAUGCUGCCACUACACCCAUCCCGGACCAGUGAUGUCCGCCUUUCACAUUCUAUCAGUGCAUACAGGUCACCUGACGUAGUGAAUUGACGUCGGCACUGGCUUAAUGCUCCUGCUUUAUUAAGCGCCAUGAUUUAUUAUGUGAUUUAUUUUGAUUGACCAUUUCAGAACUUUUUCAAAAUCAAUAUAUUUUUGACAACACAAGUGAGACUUUCAGAUGCAGGAUGUUCCAACAGAACAGCCUACAAGUUGAGACCAGUGGACUUCAACUGGUCAAUAUGAGCAGUUGACACUGCACUAUUUCUGUUUGAGUUUGCUGCCACCUAAAGUUCAACAUCCUCCAUCCUUAACUGAGCUGUAUUUUUUAUUUGAAACUAUGAUUAAUAAAGCAUAGCGUUAUUUGAUA